ACCAGGGCUUUUGGGGUUUUUCCUGGAAAUAUCUCUGUAUAUCAGUCGAUGCGAGACACUUUGAGGAAGAUACACUUUCUGCCUCACGUCCACUCUCACCCGCCGGAGCUUUACAGUGAUGAAGGAAUGAAAGAAGAAAGUCCUUUGAAUCAGGUGAUGGCCGUCAAAGCCGCCGGCAUGCAGAGGGUCCUCCAGGCGGUGCAGCGGGCGGUGCAGUGGGCGGUGCAGCGGGCGGUGCAGCGGGUGGUGCAGGGGGGCUGCAGGAGUGCCCGCGAGCUGCUCUGCUUCCCGUUAGACAAGGCGCUGUUUGAGGAGGUCGCCUACUGCCCAGCUCCAACCCGUCAGCAGACCGGGGACAAAACUACAGAAGUGGCACUCCGGAAUCCGCCGUCGACCAUUUUGAUCGUGAACAUCAGCAACUCCACCCUGAUCGACUGUGUCAUCGGCAACGACGCCCGGCCGGCCGCAGUGACGGAGAGUCAGCCUCUGAUGCGGGAGCCGGGGCGCCACAUUCACGAUUCGAUGAGGUGCGGCUACAGCCAUGGACAGCAGGGGGCAGCACACACUUCUACCCCUCCGCCACCACCUCCUCCUCCUCCUCCACCUCCUCCUCCUCUCUGUCCCCUUCCACCGGACGAGCCUGCGGGCAUCAACAUCCACAGCUCCCACCUCAACUGUGUCAUCAUCGGAGACAACAACUACAUGCACGCGGAGCUGACCCACGGGUGUGAGGCCCUGGCUGCACAGAGCUGAAGGCCGCACACACACACACACACACACACACACACACACUCUUACAAACACCAUUGUGAAAAAGCUGUAUUAGGAGAAACAUUUUGUAUUUAUUCUCCGGACCACUUUUUUAAAAAUGUUUUUCAAUAAGACUUUAUUAUUUAUUUUCUAACAAAUGUUACGAUAUCAACCAUAUUUUAUUUCAGUUAUGGAUCAAGCUGUCGUAUUGUUUUUGGUCUAUACAAUUUCAGAAAGUUUCUUUAGGUAGACGUAUUUAAACUGCUUCUACAUUUAGGAAGCUGGAGCUUUUUUUUUUAUUGCUGAUAUAUUUUCUGCGGAAAGACUUUACUGUUUCAGCUCUUAUGUUGACGUCUGGAGUGACAUCACUCCACCCCGACGUGUGUGAGACCUGGUGUGUGAGAACAUGAUCGGAGCUCUCAUAUGCUCCCACUGCGAGUCAUCUCUCUGUGACCGGUCGGUCGUUUGUGUGAUGUCAAAUGGUACUUGGUGUAGAAAUCUCCAGAAUUUUUACAAUGUGUAACUGCAUCGACGAACAGUGUUGUAAUACUGUGCGUCUGCGACUAAGAAUCCUUAUCGUGUCACGGUAAAGGUGUUGGUAUGGCCUUUGGUCAUUUACAGUCGAAUACAGUCGACUUUGUAGUUUUCGUCGUCGUUCUGCUCUUUUACAUUUUUAUGUUUUAUGAUAUUGAAUCUUAGAAAAUACGUGUCUCACCUCAGGUUGUACUGUACACAAGUGAAGGACUGCUACUGAAAUAUUGUAUGAGAUUGGUUUUGAUUUUGUUCUUGUAUUUUGUUGCAUGUUUGAAAAAAAUGACCAAAUAAAGUAUAUAUAUAUAUUUAAACAUAAGAAGCCGUGUAGGAAAAAUAACUCAUUUUUUCUUCUUCUUCUUCUUGUCAGCUUUCUUCUUCUUGCUUUUCUUGUCCUCCUUGGCCUUGUCACCGCCGCCUCCCAGGCCUAGGCGGACCAUGCAGCCUCUCCACCAGGCCUGUAGCUGCAGGGUCAAAGGUCACAGCAUGGUUUAGCAUUAGGAGAUCGGUACAUCGAACAAGUAGGAC